AAAAAACCCACCAAUAAGAUCUCCACCUCCUGGCUUAGAAUUUGAUGGCCUUUCCUACCAUCCUCAUCACUACUCUCUCUCUCCCCCUCCUCCUCUCCAAAUAUCUCUGGGUCUGACUAAAACCGAAAGGCAGAGAUGGAGAGGAACACCCUGAAGCACCACAGCCUCUGCGGAGGAAGAUCAAUGAAAGACAACAUCAUCCUCAGCAACAGCAACAACAACAGCAAUAGGGUUAGAGAUUCAUGGGAAUACAGUGGAAGCAGUGAGGGAGAUUUGCUAAGUGGGUUCCACCCAUGGCCUCCAAGAUCCUACACCUGCACCUUCUGCAAGAGGGAAUUCAGAUCUGCUCAAGCGCUCGGCGGCCACAUGAAUGUUCACAGGAGAGAUAGAGCUAGACUCAGACAAUCUCCCCCCAAAAAUGGUGACUUUCCUUUCCUCAACCUCAAUCUCAACUCAAACCCUAACCCUAACCAAAGCCAUGAUUACCCGCCAUUCGCGCCCACUUUAAUCCCCGUGGUGUCUCCCUCCUCUCUUACCGCUUUGUCUUCGCCUUCUUCGGCUUCUCCCGGUGGAAUCAAGAAAUGGGUAAUGUUUCACAAGAAGGGUGGUGGUGCGGAUGUGGGGAAGAUCAAGGCCGCGAAGGCCCUUGUUGGAGUCGGCGAGUUUGAAGGACUUGCUCGAGAUAGUCGAUUCGAAGUUGUGAAGAAGGCCGGGAUUGUUCAGUUGGAUUUGGACAUCGGUUUGGUUGCGGAUUCAAAGGAGGAUUUGGACUUGGAACUUCGCCUCGGACGCUCUUAGAUUGUUACUAUUUUAUUUUUUUUGCGAGAUUGCUAAGGUUGGUGGCUUUCGUUCGACUUUCGAUCACGUUGUGAUUUAUUAUGCAAUAUGUAAUUUAAAAAUUAGCAGGCCGGUGACGAACUUGUGAAAUUUCAUAGAGAUUUCAAGGGUUGAUGGUAAUGUAGGAGUAUUAUGGUACGUACUAAUUCCAUAUAUCUUCUUGUUUUAAA